AGCCUUUAACCAUUUCUAAAUUAAGGUGGAAGUUUGCCAUGGCCGGAUUUCGAGAGCGGAUGGUUACCAAUUAAAAACGGUCUUGAACAUGUUGCCCGGCUCAAUAUUGACCAUGGUCUAGGCGAAAUACCAGUUCUUGUAGACGUCUCUGUGAAAAUAAAAGAACGUAUAUUCCCAGCGUCAGGUUUCCGACCUGACCACCCAAAGGAGCGUUCAGGACCAGUGGUAUAUAUUUAUGAUGCCAUGUAUGUAAAUGUGUCGACAACUCCUGUAGAAGAUCCACUAUAUAGACUUAUUCCGAAAAUUAACAGACGAUAUGCGGGUGGUAAGGUUAUCAUAUAUGGAGAUGCGCAAGUGCGCGUGCGAGCUUGGAAACAGUCGUCACUUCCGGUGGUAAACUUUCACCAAUCAGGGAUAAAAAUGAAAGCGAACACUUCCAAAGUUUCAGAUUCCUACGCCGAAGUGAGUCAUAAUCUUGGGGAAAUGCCUUGUCUUGUUAUAGUUCGUAUCAAAAUGCAUCAUGGGAACAACUUGAUUAUGGCUGACGGCGUUGGAUCCAGCAUGCAGGUAUACGCGGAUGUAUCUGACAGAACAAACGCCUACCUUGUAUAUGGUUAUAGUAACAACACGGUGAGAAUGUGGGUAGACUCGUCAAACCUUGGUGCAAUAUUUGAUGGAAGAAAACACACAUGGUUUGAUAUAGUGAUGUCUGAAGGUGAGGCGGAGAUUUUUGCCUGGAAAUGUUCUACCAAUACACCGUUUUACAACGCACGCGUGGUUAUUAAAAAUACUAUGGACAAGUUGCCCGAAUGGUGGAAUUUAGACGUUGACUACGAAUUAGAAUAUUCACUGAUUCGUGUUUCUGUACUUGCCGAGACACCAGAGAAACCUAAUUCCGGUUUUCGAUUUCCGGCCGGAAUGUAUCUUGGGUAUCCAGAACCACCGGAAACCGGAAAUACUGUCGGCCCCGUAUCCGUCGGUGGCCUCUCUUAUGCGUAUGAAUUGAGAUACAAAUUCAAUUUCUGGCAGCCGAAGUUUUCCGAGAAUCUUUCUUCAAUAUUUAUAGCAGAAUCAUUUGGCGAUGGAAAGAAUACAGAAGUAUCUCAUAGUGAAUCGGUUUACAUAUUAAGUUGGAUAUAUGAAGAGAACGCUGGCUGCCCAGAGCCCGUCAUUCCGAAUGGAUUUGCCAACACGUCAUUGAACGGAACGUCAACGGGAUCGCACGCGAUAGUACGUUGUGACGAGGGGUAUGAUAUCAAGCAGAAGAAGAAGUAUUACGGUUAUGACUAUGAACGGUAUAAUAUCACGUGUCAUAAGUUUGGAUACUGGGAGAAUAUACCAAGCUGUAUACCAAAGGAAAAGGCAGUGGACUCAGAUUGCAAUCCUGCCGUGGAUAGAUGCCGGGAUCAACACGCGACCUGUACUUUGACGCCGGAUAGACAAAGAUAUAGGUGCACGUGUAACGAUGGUUACAAGAAUGAAAAUGGGAGGUGCAAAGCCAAAGGAAUCUAUUUACCAACAGCUGAUUAUGAUAGUGACUGGACAAUACUUCAUAGGACUGGACCCAAGUGGCACCUCGAGUUCGAACAUGGUCUGGGGACAGUACCAGUGAUAGUUGAUGUACAGGUUGAAGUUGAUAAUGUGAUAUUUCAUGCUAUUGGUCAGUCGCCUGCAAGAAAUCAACGAGGUUAUGACGAUGAGAGUACAGUUGUAUAUAUCUAUGAUGAAAAUUUUGUCAAUGUAUCCGCCUUCAGACCUACUGGAGAUUGGAGUGGGGACGGCCUUUUCUCAAGAGGUAAUUACAAGUGGUAUGGCUAUGCCAAUAACUGGGGAAGCUUUGGAUAUGUCCGAGUUCUGGCAUGGAAGGCGGAAUCACUUCCGGAACCAGAUAUAUUGGACAACACGAAAACACUAAGGGCUAACACUUCUAAAGCCAGCGACUCAUUUUAUGAACUAGAGCAUGGUCUAGGAGAAUAUCCCGGUAUUGUUGUUGUUCGAGCUAAAAUGGAGUAUAAUGGUACAACUUUCUACGCAGAUGGAAUAGGAUCAGCACUAAAUAUAUUUAGCGCCAGUGAAAACAGGACGACAGCCUAUUUGGUUUAUGGAUACAGCGACUCUAAGAUCCGUGCGUGGGUUGACUCUUCUACGAACGGAGCAAUAUUUGAUGGCAGAAGAGACACAUAUUUCGACAUGAUCAUCUCAGAGGCUGUACUUGAAAUUUAUGCAUGGAAAAUAUCAACGAUCACUCCUUUUUUUACGUAUAUGUUUUCGCUGGAGGAGGACCGAAUAUUGGAUUAUGUCGACUUUUUCGUAAACUAUGAUCUUGGAAAUGGACUUACUGUGGCUACGGCACAGAUUAUGGAUGUAUCAAGUCAUAACAAGGACUUCCGGUUUCCAUCGACAGCGUUCCUCGCCGACAGAUACGGCUACAUUGAAAACAAAACAAAUGUGCCGAAAUGCAUAUUCGGUGGUUUCACGGUCGCUUAUGCGACAAGAAGUUGGAGUUUGAAAACUGAGGAAAGACAAUUGCUAUUGUAUAAACCUAUAAACUUCAAACAUUCAUACGAAGAUUUUGGAGCUUUGUUAUGUAUACCUGACACAUUUGGGGGAGGAACUUAUGCCGACGCAGCCCAUAAUGGCAUUGGAAUCCUCCAUAGCUGGAUAAAUGGAGACUGCGGCGAACCUCCGGAACAAACGAAUGGAUAUUUAAAUACUACAGUAAAUGGUACAGAAAUUGGCGCCUUUGCAACAUUGGAGUGUUAUGACGGAUACAGCGUCUCUAGCGGUAGUCAACCAGUCUGUAUGGAAACAGUAAAUUGGAAAGUCGAUGUCCGUUGCAAGCUAGUUGAAUGUGGUGAGGUUGAAGCGCCAACAAAUGGUACACUGAAUGUUAGUGGUCUUACGUUUGGAAAUAACGUAACAUUCCAAUGUGAGGAAGGCUAUAAAAUAAAUGGUACAAAUAUGAUCACGUGUUUGUCAACCGGAAGUUGGUCUGCGAGCGUUCCAACUUGUACUGUGGAACAGAAGGAUUGCCUUGCACUUUUUGAAAAAGGAUUUAAGGAGGACGGUAUAUAUACAAUAAAACCUGUCUGUGGCCUAAGCAUAAAGACAUGGUGCGAUAUGAAAAAUGGUGGAUGGACAGUUAUUCAACGCCGACUGGAUGGGUCAGAAAAUUUCUACAGAACAUGGACAGAUUAUGUUUGUGGAUUCGGUGACAUAUCUGGCGAGUACUGGCUUGGCCUUGAGAAUAUACAUGGGCUAGCUACUGUCGACAGUUCCUUAAGAAUUGAAAUGGAAGCGUUUGAAGACAGGUCAACUACACUUGCUAAUGCGUCACCUACCAAUGCUUAUGCACAAUAUAACACGUUCAGAGUCGACGACGAAGAUUCAAAUUUUAGAUUGCAUGUAAAUGGUUUCUCCGGAAACUGUGGUGAUAGUCUCAGUGUACAUGAUGGAAAUAUGUUCUCGACUAAAGACAGGGAUAACGACUUAUGGAAUUACAACUGCGCUCAAAUAUACAGAGGAGCAUGGUGGUACAAAGCUUGCCAUGAAAGUAAUUUGAAUGGACUUUACUUACCUGGAUAUGACAAUCAGUAUGCUAUUGGUAUAAACUGGAAAACGUGUUGGGGUCACCAUUCUUCUAUUCGCAAUGUUCAUAUGAAGGUGAAAAGAAAUUAGAUCGGUUCUGUGAGAAAUAAAAUGUAACCUGGAACCGACUACAUUAUAUAUGAGUAUAUUUAAAGCAGCACGCGUCCAGAUUAAUGUUAAUUUUCAUGAAAGUUUUUUAAAUGUAUUCAAAAGUAAAAUACUGUGAGAUGAACAAAAGAAGCAAUUUACAUCCUGCAAUGCGCACUUACAAUCCAAGAAAAAUACCAAAAUGUGGUCAAUAUAUCUGCUAAAACAGCCCUUACUGCGUUAGUAUCGCAAAAGGAUUAUGGUGAUAAGAUACUUCAUAAGCAGGCUUAAACCGCAUAUAACAUCUAACAUAUUACUUGGAUCUUGAAUGCUUUAACCUUUCUGAAAAUUUUAGAACAUUUUUUUUGCAGCUUUAAUACAGUAAUACAUGUAUUAUCAAAAAUGUGGCUAAAUUGUGAACUUUAAUUCAUUCUCAAUUUUUGUGUCGCGUUGAAAAGGCGACAUAUAGGGGUUACUUUUGUCGGCGGCGGCGGUGUCGUUGUCGGCGUCGUUGUCGGCGUCCUUUAAAGCUUGUCUGGAGCAUAACUCAGUCACCAUAAGUCGGAUUGACUUCAAACUUGGUAUUCAUGCUUCUUUUCAUAACUCAAAGUGCAGUACACAAGGACCGGAACACUGCACUUCUUAAUUUUUGAGAUAUUGCCCUUUGUAAAUUUUCAUACUUUAAUUUUGUCCAGGCCAUUUCUCUUCAACUAUAAAAAGCUAUGGACUUGAAACUUCAUAGGAUUAUAGAUCUUAUUAAGAAGAAGUGCAGUGCACAAGAACCGAUACUCUGCACUUCCUUAUUUUUGAGUUAUUUCCCUUUGUUAACGUUCAUACUUUAUUUUUGUCCAAGCCAUUUCUCAUAAAUAAUAAAAGCUAUAGACUUGAAACUUAUCAGAGAAUGAUUGAUCUUAUUGAUAAGAAGUCCAAUGCACAGAUACGCUGCUCUGCACCUAUUUUUUUUAGUUAUUGCCUUUUGUUAGUUUUCAUAUUUCAUUUCUUUUCCUGGCCAUUUCUACUAAACUAUAUUGUAUACAAGGCGACACAACCGACUCGCGAUGUUUUAGUUUACUUUAAAAUUUAAUAUUUGUUGAAAGAAAUUAUGUAAGUUCAACCAGGAUA